CAUCCUGUGCCGCACCUUGCAGGGCCAUGCCCACUGGGUAAACACCAUGGCGCUCAGCACCGAUUAUGUUCUCCGGACGGGGGCGUUUGAGCCGGCCGAGGCCUCCGUCAACCCCCAGGAUGUGAGCGGAUCACUGGCAGAGAUAAAGCAAAAAGCGUUGCUGAGGUACAACCAAAUCAGGGGCCAAGGACCAGAAAGGUUGGUCUCUGGAUCGGAUGACUUUACCUUGUUUCUGUGGCUCCCUGCAGAAGAUAAGAAGCCGCUGAAAAGGAUGACCGGCCAUCAAGCGCUGAUCAAUCAAGUUCUCUUUUCGCCAGACACCCGCACCAUCGCCAGUGCAUCCUUCGACAAGUCAAUCAAGCUCUGGGAUGGAAGGACCGGGAAGUAUCUGACCUCCCUGCGGGGACACGUCUCCGCGGUGUACCAGAUCGCGUGGUCGGCUGACAGCCGUCUGCUGGUCAGCGGAAGCAGCGACAGCACGCUCAAAGUGUGGGACACCAAGACGCAGAAGUUGACCGUUGACCUGCCUGGACAUGCUGAUGAGGUGUUUGCAGUCGACUGGAGUCCCGAUGGCCAACGGGUAGCAAGUGGAGGGAAGGACAAAUGUCUCAGAAUAUGGAGACGAUAGUGGAAGGACCGAAGAUCACCCUGCGUGAAAUUCUCUUGUGGCCUUAACUGUGAUCUACUCCUCCUUCGGUUUUAGGGAAGAUUUGGGGGUUUAAGAAUGGGGCCGUUGGACCCAGAGAGGGGAGUCAUCUACUUGCAGACAGCUUCCUUUUAGCCUAGGUUUGAACACCAGAAAAUUAUAUCAAACGUUUGCAUCCGUGAUCCCAACAAUGUGGAUGCUGUAACAUAAGCCAGAAGAUCUUCAGGCCACAUUUCACCCUAAGUUAUGAGCGAUGUUGGUCAUGAGUAAGCCACCCUUCCCUUGCUUUGGACGCCUGUCAAUAAAAUGGGUAUAAUUGUAUCAUUCCCUCUAAUAGCAAACUCUGAGGAGAGUGCAGGAAAAAUUGGAGGUCUCAAGAAACAAAAGGAAGGUGUCAACACGGUUGGCUGAACUCAGGCAUUUAGACUGCUUUUUAAAAAAGUUUAUCCAGGAAGGCAAAAACCAUCAGAAAAAAUUGAGUGAGGACUGAAGAUGCUCGGCAGCCACAAUGUUGACUGACAUUUGGAAAACAAAGAACUGAAGAAUGGAGUAGCCCCAAGGAGGACGGAGGCUGGCGGGAAAUCUGGAGCAGUGAUGCUCCUGCUUAGAAGAUGAGACUGCUGUAUGCUGCAAUGUUUCUUGCAGAUAACAUUUCUUAAUUAUAUCCUUUUAAAUCAAAUCUCUUGUUUUUAAAUCAAAAUGUCUUACGGCGAUAUAGAAAAUACAGGUAGUCCUCGCUUAAUGUCUCUAAUUGGGACCGGCAACUCCAUCAUUAAGUGGCAUGGUUGUUAAGUACAACGUCAUGUGACCGCACCACUUUAUGAUGACAUUUCUAGCAUUUCCGACUGUGGUUGUUAAGCGAGGACUUCAUGUGAUCAUGAUUUCCGGCUUCCUGCUGGCUUCCCCGUUGAUUUUGCUUGUGGGAAGCCAGCAGGGGAGGUCAGAAAUGGUGAUCAUGCUACGAUGGUCAGAAAUGCGGGCUGGUCACCAAAGGCCUGAAUCACAAUUGUCACCAUAGGGACUCCAUGCGGGUCAUAAGUAUGAGGACUGGUCAUAAGUACCACUUGUUCAGUGCCAUCAUAAAUUCAAACGAUCACUGAACAAGUGGUCCUUAACUAAGGACUACCUGUUCAAUAAGAUAAUCAUGAGCCGUUUGAACCUCUUUUCCCCAGAAUGCAAGACAGAAGAACUAUUGUUCCUUUUCCCAAAUAAGCUUGACCUGAAAAAAAAAAUCUGCUCACUGUUAUAAAUAUUUUGAAAUACCCCUGUUUUUUUCCUACCCCAGAGAUCUCUCUUGCGUUAUGAUUCUAAGGAGAAAAGAUGUACAGGCCAUGUCCUUUUCUGUGAAGUUGCCCUCCAGGGUUGCAACACCAUGGCAAGAAAAGUUGUGUUAGAUAUAAGGAGGUCCCAUCAGGUGCUACUACUCCGCGUGUGCAUACUUGAAGCUGGAUCUAGCAUGAAACUCUGGUAAUGAUGCAAGAGUUCAAAAUUCAAAAUCUGGUAUUAUACAGCUUUUUAAAGUCUUAACAGCCCACUGCAGUAACACUGGCCUUCCGCACCAUGCCAUUGUAAAGGCAUCUGAGAAAGCCUGAUGUACUGAGAGUAACUAAAAUAUAGGAGCAUCACCUAAAAUGUUCAGAAAAGUCUUUGGCGAUCAGAGUGGUCAUCUAAUCCAGUGCCCUUAUUCAUCCCUUGCCGUAGUUUACUUGCUACUUGGUAGACUGCCCCUGAAUGUGGAGGUUCCGUGUAGCAGCCAUGUUUUAGCCUUGUGAUCCUCCAAUCCAUUGAAUUGUGGUUCGGUUAAGGCAAGAUCUUCCUUUGGAUGCCCUGUGGGUGGGCAUGGAGGGGGGAAAGCUGUAUUCUCUGUGCACCUGUGGGUAACUCGCCCUUGAAAGAUUAGCAUGUCCGAAGGUGGUUUGUUGCAGCAAAAACUUUUUUUAAUUUUUAAAUUUCAUGGCAUGAUAAAUUUGGCAUCUAAAAAUAGCUUUAAGUUCCCUCAAAAGGCUUAAUGGUUUUCAUCAAAGGGAGCGGUCCUUUUCUGAGGUCAGGACCUUUUAUUCCUGAUUAAUAUUAUCAUUGCCAUCUUCGUAGCUGCCUUGGAGGUCAGGAGCCAUUAAAAAGACGCAACAGAUAAAUAUUUUACACUGCUAAUAGUCAUCAAUAGAUUUGCUUACUGACUCCAGUAGUUCUGCUCCUUUUUAAAAGCUAUCUAAGCAAAUGGGCACGGCCUCUUUCUGUAAUUGUUAGUCCUAUGAUCGAAUAAUGGAUUACAGCAAAAUAAAUGUUCUGGGCCUCUUAGAAUAAAAAUCCAUCUGUUCCAUUGGCUG